GUUGUCAGAAGCAGUAGAACGAACUAAAUGAGCUAGCCAUUUUACACUAGUUCGGUUCGUUUAGUUAAGUGAGUCGUUUGAGUGAGUCUGUUCCAAGCAACUCCAUACCAGCGAAAAUAUGUGUCUCAAAUAGUGUAUAACUUUUUGAAAUUUCAUUAAAUUUAAAUUAUUUUACUUUUAAAUGUUAAAAGCAACAAAAACGAUACAAUUGUCUUAUGCUCGAAUAAAUAUUUCCCCUAACCUACUGGCACUGCUGUUUUGUUGUUGUUGUGGUUAUCGCUUGUUUCUUUUGUUUUCUGUAUUUGUGUGUACAAGGACGGUGUAGCGACAGUGUUGAAGUUGUGCUCGUCCUUGCCUGGGAAAGGCGCAACAAUUAGAACGCGCAACAAGCCAAAUAAGUAAAGCAGUGAAGAAAAUACCAAAAAGUUAAAUAAAGAAAAUACCAAAACCUUUGCUAGACAUAUUAUGGAAAAUACGCAGAAUGCUGCAGUUGCCGCCAACGCCGAUGCCGCUACCCUCACCGUUGGUGCCAGCAGCAGCAAUAACGCCGACGACAAUGACAGCGAUAAUGAUGUGGUCACCGAUUUUCUAAACUCCAAUUGCAAUAGCAACAGCAACGACGUUGGAGACGUGUCAGCUGCACCUGCUGCGCCAACAUCAAAAAUUACACAUUCUGCUCCUCGCGUUACAGUGGAAAGUCAAAAUUAUUGUAUACCUGUUAUUAAUGCACCUGUCCCAGCUGUGGCGCUUCCUAGCAAUAAUAACAACAAUACUAACAGUACACUACACCACAGCAACAAUAACAACAUGAUACCCACAAUUAAUGUGACACCUCAUAGUCCUGCAUCGGCCUCCAAGUACAACAACAUCUUCGAGGACACAUUGAGCCAGUUGCAAAAUAUACGCGAAACAGUGCAGCAGAUGAAGAACUCCUCAAGUCACAAUCAGCAAGAUGGUCUGGCUAAUAGCUAUGGCCUGCUCAAUGCGGCGAUACUUAGCGCCUCGCUGCCCGAUCUCAGCAAUACGGGAGGCCCCGCAAAUGCCAACGGCGCUGUUGGCAUCAACAACAUGGGGAUCAUGUGGUCUGCAGCGCCACAGCAAUGCCUGCUCUUGUACACAGAUCGACGGAAAUCAUGGACGGCGGUUGAUGAUACCACAGCGACGGGUGAUUGUACUAACAAGAGCGUCAGCCUGUCCAGUCUAGACAGCGAGGAACAGGAGACCAUACGUGUUACCGAGCAACGAAGGCGCUCAGCUAGGAAUAGCACAGGCGGCAUUUCAACUCAUUCCCUGAACGAGGCGGAGCUGGCGCGCGAUUUUGAGCGUAUUGCGGCUAAGAGAAGCUUAGCCACGGAGAUAAUUAGCCGAAUACCGUUGCAGAAGAGCAUCUCAACUUCUUCAAUCAUUGCCAAGGAGGAUAUCAAAGCGAUAGCGCGACACCUCACAGAUAGCGAGGAUGAAAAUCAGACUUUGUUGCGUUCACAUGCUAAAAUCGAGGUUUACGAUCACGUAGAGAAGCGUCCAAAACGUGGUUCCCUAUUCUUUCGGAAAAAGAAACCAAAGGCCAAGACGAAGUCGUUAGUAGGUGGCGUUCAGCUAAGCGAUAUGGAAACGCAUUUGGAACGUAAGAAACUGUCGGCAGGCCAGGACUAUUGUGAUGGCUCAGAGAUUUUGCAUCAGCAGCAUUACCAACAGCAUCAUCAGAUGCAGGAACAAGAGGAUCAGCAGCCAUUAAUACGAGCCGCCGAGCUGCAAUUUCUUAAUGAACCGCCAAUUGAGGCACAGGAUUUGGGAGCCGAUCCAGUAUUGGGCAUCGUCCUACAAGAGCCCGACUCCUGGACUCCAAAUGUACCCAAGGAUCAACUAAAAACACUCAAGGAACUGCAAAUCAAACGGCAGGAACACAUCUACGAGUUUAUUAUGACCGAGAAGCAUCACUGCCAAACGUUGAUUGUAAUGCGUAAAGUGUUUGUUGAGAGUAUGGAGCGGCAUUUUCCAGCGCUUAAUACGCACAGUAUGUUUCCUCGGCUCCAGCAGCUAACGGAGCUGCACACGUGCUUCCUGCGUCAGCUGCGGCAGAAGCAACGCGAACAUCUGCUUGUGGAUAGCAUUGCGGAUAUCUUGCUGGAGUUCUUCUCGCUGGAGCAGGCCCAAUGUCUGCGAUUGGCCUACGGCGAAUUCUGUGCGAAUCAUCGCAGUGCUUUGGAACAGUUUAAACAAUGCCUUUCGGAGCCCAGCUUUGCAGAAUGGUACAAGCACUGUCUGCAGAAUCCAUUACUCAAAAAAAAGGGAAUACCAGAGUGCAUAUUGUUUGUCACGCAGCGCCUAACAAAAUAUCCGCUACUGAUUGAACCGUUGUUGAAGAGUGCACGGGAUAAUAAACUUGAGACGGAUAAGCUGCAACAUGCGUUGAAUCUGGUGAAAUCUCUCCUGGUUGAUGUGGAUGCUUGCGUGGCGGAGAAGGAACUGCGUGAAAGGCAGCUGGAGAUUUAUGCCCGUAUCGAUGCAAAAUCGUUUGCUAUCUAUAAGAAUAAGCCCUUUCGCAAGACCGAGCUGGGAGUAGAGUCACGGCGACGUCUUAAAUUUGAUGGCUUAGCCACGUUGAUGCAGGGUCGGGCAAAGACUCAGCUCGUUUUGAUUGUGGUGCUCACGGACUGCCUUUGCUUUCUUAUCGAGAAUUCGGCGCAUAAUAAGUAUGCGUUUUUCACGCCCGAGCAUAAGGCGGGCGUGGUCCCAUUGCAAAAGCUGUUGAUACGCGAGAAAGCGGGUACCGAAUCGCGUGGAAUCUAUAUAAUCAGUUCCAAUCCCGAUUUCCCCGAAAUGUACGAGCUCAAAGUGCAAACGCCAAAGGAUAAGCAAACCUGGAUCCAGGGUAUUAGGCAGGCAGUGCUCGAUUGUCCUGCUACGGAUAUUAUCGAAGCUGAAGCAUUGACGGCUGAAGAAAAGCUACGCAUUGGUGUAAACAAGCGCGAGAUCAUUGAGAAAAUGCGCCAAAAGGAUAUUGAACAGGCACUACUGCUGGAGGAGAAACUGUUGCUUCAGUUUAAUCUGCUCAAGCAACAGCAACCCUUUGGUGAAGAUCUCAAUGCAGCUAAUACGAAUGGUAGUGCGGCCAAUUUCCUUGCCGCCUUUGGCUCCUAUAAGGAGUUGGUCGCAACGGACUGCGAUACCACGGAGCUCUGGCGACGUGUUCUCAACACUGUGCAAGAUAUUAGCCAGCUUGCAGCAAGCAUUUAUAGCGCUGCAACCGGACUGCCCGUCUCUCGCACCGUGAGUAGCGUGGGUGAAAAGCAAAGUGUUCUCUAUGCCUCGCCCACAUUGCCGAAGCGUGCGGAAACCUUUGCGGGCUUCGACGAGAAAAGGGGCAAACUGGUCGUGGGUCGGGAUGCCAAGCUGACGCCACGGUUACAGGAGCUGGAAGAGAAGCGUGAGCUGAAGACCCAAAUGCCAGUGGAGUUAACCGCAACGACAACGCCGCUGCAGCUCCAUGCUAGUACGCUGCCCGCCAAUACUAAGGAGCAUAAUUAUGCGGUGCUCCAGGUGUCGCAUCAUUUGCACACUCUGCUCUGCAUCAUCUCACAGCAGAUGACUUGUAUUCAGAGUUUGCAACUGCAACUGGCGCUGUAUCGUGAAUCUCCAAGAAACAGCAGUAUUGGGGGAGGCUCUAGCGCCGUUGGUACAACUGGUUUAGGUGCUGGUGGUAGCUCUGCUUACACGCACAAGGAUCAAUUGGAGGAGCUGCGCAAUUUGCAAGACAAAUUGCAGGAGGAGAAGACUGCUUGGUUGCGCCAGAAGCAACAGCAAAUGGACGAGUUGGCCGAAAUGCGGGCACAGCAGCUGCAGCUGCAGCAACAAAUUAAAGCCGAACAGGAGGACAUACGUCAGCAGCGUGAGCAACUCUACCGUAAAAUGGAGCUGUUGUCCAGUCAAGGUCUUUUGCUAUCACCCAGUACACCGCUGCCAACGCUUGCGCCAGCGCUCGCACCUGUUGCUUUGCCAGAGGACGUACAUGAGCUGGACACGCCCACUGCAGCGACACCAACAACAGCAACUGCCUCCACCAUUGAUAGACGCAAGGAAAAGUGGUUGAGCAGCGGAUCCAAUUACAAAACCCCGCCGGUGCAUUUGAUUAGCGCGAAUAAUGCACCGAAAGCAAGCUCGGCGCUCGUGAAACAGAAACUGCCCAUGAAGUUAUCGUCGUUGUCAUCCGGCACGCGUGUCGAUAAGUCAGCCAGCUUCAAUAAUAGCUCCAAUAAUGUGUCCUCACCUGCUUCCGCUGGAGUGCAGCAAAUGUUUCCACUUAAGUUGGCUGACAAACAACGACAAAUGGUUACGCCCACGCCACAGCACGCUCGGACCGGCAGCUCACCAGCCGUCAUACAGCAGGCAGCCGGAACACCGGUCGCUAGUUUAACGCCAAAUGCAUCAGGACAUUACGUGGGAUAUGGAGGGGCAGCAGCAGCAGCUGCUCAGCAACAACGACUGGUUCAAACACCCACGAGCAGCCGCAACAAUGCAAAUGCAACUGCACGCGUGACUGCUCCUUUGGCCAGUUCGGGGCAGGCGCCACGUGCCAAGCCAGAGGAGGAGGAGAUUUACUUCUGACGCAAAUUCUCGACAGAAGUCGAAAUCUAAAAAUUUAAGCAACUAACACCCCACGUUCCAAUAAUAGGUCAAAUAUUUUGUAUAAUUUGCCGUUAGGAACAUCAUAUUCUUCAUUUACUGUAGGUAUUUCAAUUGAACAUUUCAAUAGUUAAGAUAUAAAUUCCCUUAUAGAUGUUCUUACCUUUCGUGUAUUGCAUAUAUCAUUCAAGUAUUCCGCAGGAGAAAUUCGUUAUAAAAGUUCGAGGUAAA